GCGGCCUGGUGCGCGGUGCUUGACGGGAGCUCGUGCGGCGGCGGUGAAGAAGAGACCGAAGCGGCGGCGGCGGCACCAUCACCACAAUCACCUGGAGAGGACAGAGCCAGAAUCUGUGUGGCAUUUACUAUGGACACAGACGGCUUUGGAGAGCUGCUGCAGCAGGCUGAGCAGCUAGCAGCCGAGACUGAAGGCGUUUCUGAACUUCCGCAUGUAGAACGAAACCUGCAGGAGAUUCAGCAGGCUGGGGAGCGCUUGAGGUCCAAAACCCUGACUCGGACAUUACAGGAAACCGCAGAUGUUAAGGCUUCCAUACUUCUAGGCUCCAAAGGGUUAGAUAUAUCGCACAUCUCUCAGCGAUUGGAAAGUCUUAGUGCAGCUACAACCUUCGAGCCCCUUGAACCAGUGAAGGACACUGAUGUACAGGGUUUUCUGAAGAAUGAGCGUGAUAAUGCACUGCUGUCAGGUAUUGAAGAGUCAAGGAAGAGGACCUUCCGUAUGGCCGAAAGGUUUUAUUGGGAGUCCAUGUUGGUGGAGUGGGAACACGACAAGCAGAAGAUCCUUCACACACUGCUGGCAUCGGGAGAGGAUGCUCUUGACUUCACCAACGAGAGUGAGCCGAGUUUCAUCAGUGAGAUGGGGCCACCAGGCCGAAGUGCAAUGGACAGUAUCGAAAUGGCCUAUGCUCGACAGAUCUUCAUAUAUAAUGAGAAGAUUGUCAAUGGGCAUCUCCAGCCAAACCUGGGAGAUAUUUGCAGCACUGUAGCUGAGUGUUUGGAUGACAAGAAUGUCUCUGAACUGUGGGCGAUGGUGAAGCAGAUGACUGAUGUCCUGCUGGUGCCGGCCAGAGAUGCACUGAGUUGCCGCACGGGAAUGGAGAUGCAGAUGGGGUUCGUAAGGCAGGCAAUGCAGUUCCUGGAGCAAAGCUACAAGAACUAUGUUAUGGCGACAGUCUACGGAAACCUGCACCAAGCUCAGUUAGGAGGGGUGCCUGGCACUUAUCAACUUGUCCGCAGCUUUCUUAACAUUAAGCUACCGGCUCCUCUGCCAGGACUGCAGGACGGUGAGGUUGAAGGUCAUCCGGUCUGGGUUCUCAUCUACUAUUGCUUGCGCUGUGGGGAUUUGAUAGCAGCGAUGCAGGUGGUGAAUCGCGCACAACAUCAACUGGGAGAGUUCAAGAACUGGUUCCAGGAAUACGUGCAGGGUAAUGACAGAAGGUUGUCUCCUACAGCAGAGAACAAACUUCGCCUCCAUUACCGACGUGCCUUACGAAACAGCACUGACCCAUACAAGAGAGCCGUCUACUGCCUGAUUGGCCGAUGUGAUGUCACUGACAGCCAUAGUGAAGUUGCUGAUAAGACAGAUGACUACAUCUGGUUAAAGCUGAACCAGGUGUGUUUUGAAGAUGAUGUCACCAGCUCCCCUCAGGACAGGCAAACACUGUCUCAGCUGCAGAGCCAGUUACUGGAGGAGUAUGGUGAAUCCCACUUUGCAGCCGCCCAGCGUCCGUUCCUGUACUUCCAGGUCCUUUUCCUGACGGCUCAGUUUGAGGCGGCGAUCGCCUUCCUCUUCCGCUUGGAGCGAUUGCGUUGUCACGCCGUUCAUGUGGCGCUGGUCCUUCAUGAGCUGAAACUUCUCCUGAAGUCGUCAACCCACAGCGCACAGCUACUGACCCAAGAACCCGGUGAUCCUCGUCCAAUACGACGUCUUAAUUUCAUCCGCCUGCUCAUGCUCUACACCAGAAAGUUUGAGCCCACUGAUCCCAGAGAAGCUCUUCAGUACUUCUACUUCCUCAGAAACGAGAAAGACAGUCAAGGAGAAAAUAUGUUCAUGCGAUGCGUCAGUGAACUUGUCAUUGAGAGCCGAGAGUUUGACAUGUUGCUGGGAAGAUUGGAAAAGGAUGGAAGUCGGAAGCCUGGUUUAAUCGACAAGUUUGCUGGCGAUACAAAGGCUGUCAUCAGUAAAGUUGCGUCAGUAGCUGAACACAAGGGUUUGUUUGAAGAGGCAGUGAAGCUUUAUGACCUAGCCAAGAAUCCAGACAAAGUGUUGGAGCUGAUGAACAGGCUCCUGAGUCCUGUGAUCCCGCAAGUCAGUGCACCUCAGUCCAACAAGGAGAGGUUGAAAAACAUGGCACUUUCAGUGGCUGAGAGGUAUCGCAGCCAGGGAAUUACAGCAGACAAGUCCAUUGACAGCACUUUCUACCUCCUGCUGGACCUCAUUACAUUCUUUGACGAGUACCACGGGGGCCAUAUUGACAGAGCGAUUGAUGUCAUGGAAAAACUGAAACUGGUGCCUCUCAGUCAGGACAGUGUCGAGGAGAGGGUGGCGGCUUUCAGGAACUUCAGCGAUGAGAUCAGGCAUAACCUGUCCGAAGUGCUUCUUGCCACCAUGAACAUUUUGUUCACCCAGUACAAGAGGUUAAAAGGCACAAGCUCAGCCACACCUGCCCGGCCACAGCGAGUGAUGGAGGACAGGGACUCACAACUGCGUAGCCAGGCGCGGGCGCUGAUCACGUUUGCUGGGAUGAUACCGUACAGGAUGGCAGGCGACACAAAUGCACGGCUGGUGCAGAUGGAAGUCCUCAUGAACUGAACGCAACUGCAAGUGGGAAGGUUUCCUCACUGGAGGAGUAAACACAAACUAUACUUUGUAGUGAUUUUCUACAUUCACAAUUUAUUUUAUUUUGUAUUGCGUUUCUUUUUUUUAAAAAUAUUGGAAAUAAAUGUGUUUUUUCCCUGC